GUUGGUUUGUAUACAUAACCUUUCGAUUACAACAUAUAGAUUAACACAUUAUUUUACUUUUAGUUAAUUGCUGUGCACUGAUGUGCUCGUUGUUGGGAGAAAACAAAAUUUAAUUACGACAUUUACUCUAUUUCUGAAUAGUUGUGAUAAAAAAAAAGAAUUAUGGCUGCUCACCUAAAAAAAAGAGCUUUAGCUGAAUAUGGCUCUCAAGUCCAAGUUAUAGAGCCUCCUGGAAAAAGACUGAAAUUAUCUCUUUUGAAGAAAACUCCUCAAGCCUCUGAUACAGUUUAUGUUGGCCUCUUGGAAAAUUGUAAAACCAGUAAUGAGGCUCUUCAAGUUUUACUCCGAAUUCCUGAUUCUCUACAGUUAAAAUCAGAAGAUUUUGCUUCUACAAUUAAAAAAUUAUGUGACCAUUUUAACCAACAGAAUGAAUCUGCUGUUAGAGCAAAAGUGUUAGCUCUAUUUUGUACAAUUGGCCAAAUGCCUGAUGCUGAUGUUGAGCUGAUUACUGAUUACGUUAUGAAACUUGUAAUGAAGGAAUCCUCUCAUAAAGUUAUAGCUCAAGGACUUAUGGCUGUAUUGACCCUUUCUAAAUUGCUUCCACCUUCAAGUUUGACCAUUACAAAAAUAUUUAAUAUGGCUAAAACAUUUCUUAAAGAUACUAAUCACUAUGUAAAACGGAUAUGUCUUCAGUUAAUUGGUAGUUUAAAUGUUGGUGAUAACACAAGACUGAUUGCUGAUUUUAUUUAUAGUCAAGAUGCUAGAGUAAGAUGCGCAGCUAUGGAAACUCUUGUAAUGCUUCAUGAAAAUGGAGAAAAACUUGAUGUUUCAUUGUAUGCUGAUGUUUGUGUUGCCUUAGAUGAUGAUUAUGAAAUUGUGAGAGAUGUAGUAUUGAAAAUUGUUUGCUAUCUUGGUAAUACUUAUGCUGAAAAUCAGGUAAAAGUGCCAAAAUCUGACAAGAAAAGUAGAUUAAUCGAUGAUGCCUUUGCAAAAAUAUGUCAGGCAGUAAAUGAUUCGAGUAUGGGUGUUAGACAUACUGCAAUGAAACUGUUAGGUACAAUGCUAGAUGUUAGUAUGGGUUGCUUAACACAAACAUUAGAUAAAAAAUUAAUGUCUGAUAUGAGGAAAAAAAAAUCUUUGCAUGAAAGAUCGAGUGAAAUUGUAACUAGUGGAGAAUGGUCAACAGGAAAAAAAUGGGCUGAUGAUGCCCCAAAAGAACUAUUGCAUAAAGAUGAAGUUUCAGUUUUCUCCAACGGAGCUUGUGGUGCCUUUGUUCAGGGACUAGAAGAUGAAUUUAUGGAAGUUCGAAGUGCCUCUGUUGAUGCUUUAUGUGCUCUAGCAAUUGCUCAUCCUGAAUUUGCUGUUCUCAGCCUGGAUUUUCUCGUUGAUAUGUUUAAUGACGAGAUUGAAGAGGUAAGAAUUAAAGCCAUUGACAGUUUAACCUCAAUGUCUCAUCAUAUAGUUCUCCGAGAACAUCAGUUAGAGACAAUUUUGGGUGCACUUGAAGACUUUUCUAUUGAUGUGAGAGAGGGUCUUCAUAGAAUGUUAGCUGCAUGUGUUUUAUCUACCAAAGAUUGUCUCCUAAUGUGUAUUGAAAGUUUAUUAGAAAAUUUGAAAAAAUAUCCACAGGAUAAGAAGUCAACUUGGAGAUGUGUUAAAGAAAUAGGUAGAAAACACUCAGACCUGACAUUGCCAUUGGUUCCAAAACUACUUGGUAUUCAUCCAUUUUUCGAUACACCAGAACCAGAUGUUGAAGAUCCUCACUACAUAUCCCUGUUAAUUUUAGUUUUUAAUGCAGCUCAGAAUUGCCCGACAAUGCUUCAAUUAUUUGAGGAACACACUGUUAAGCAUUAUAGCUAUUUAAGAGUUACUUUACCAUCUCUUGUGCCUCAUCUCACGCUCCCUGAGUCAGUAGACUUUUUAGAACCAGCAAGCACUGAUGCAGGAGCACAAUUAUUAUGGCGAUUGGUAGAAAGUCUUUCUGUUGCUCGUCCUGGAAUGAUCCAAAGUGUUCUCCCCCAACUUGAUACCUUAGCUAAGAUAGAUUCAAGUAUUGCAGGACCUGCACAAUUUAUUACAAUGUUUAUAUCUUGCCAAGUUCUUUUAGGAAAAAUUUUGAAAGAUAGAUUAUGGUGUUCUAAUGCUGCAACAACAAUUCAAGGAAAUGCUAUAAAAAAUAAUCUAACCCAAUUGUUGUCAUUAUGUUUGAAAAUGCAGUAUCUGUUUGUAGGACUAGAAAAAGAUGAGCUGGCUGCUGUAAAACAGUUUCAACUUAAAGCUCUUGCUCUUCACUUGGUCUACAUUGUAAAAGCUACAAAUCUAUCUGCUUUAGCAUUAUGUGAUCAUUUUGUGAAUAAAGUUGAACAAACACAGAAAUUUUUAAUGGAAAAUCGUGUUGUUCCCAAUGAGUUCUGUAAAGGUGUACUAAAUGUAAUGAGUACAUUAGAAGAUGCAAAACCUGGUGCUGUUGCAAGAUGUUUACAGCCAUUGUUAGCAAAUGUUAUAAUGAUCCAACCUCCAAAACCUAAUAUUAAAGUUAGAAUGUGUCAUGCAUUUCUUAAUGGCCCAACAACAUCACCUGAUGCUCCUUUAAAAUUUACUGCAGGUCUUGUUAUGGCAGUUCAGCUUGAUGCUGAAAUAUUUGGUCUUAAGGAUCCAUUAACCUUGAGGCUUCGAGUACAUUACCCAGACCACCAGACUCAUUUUUCUGUGCCUGCUGCGUCACAUUUAAGAGCUGUAAAUGACGAAGGUGAUUACCGAUUAUUAACUCAGGCUUUGGUUAGCCAUAGUGUUUGGUCAGAGGCAUGUUAUGUUGAGAUAUCCCUGUGCAUUGAACUUUCUGAAGGAGAUAUGACACAAAAAGCUCACUACGGAAUAGAUCCUUAUCUUGAGCUUUGUAAACCUCUUAAACUCUAUGUUGUUCCUAAGCCUAUAAAGAGAGGUAUUUAAAAAAAUUGACAUGUGAAUGUAUACCCCAUGUAUAUAUUUAUUUUUGGUAUUGUGAUAAAUAUUGGUUUUAAUAUUAUUAAUUAUUUUAUAUAUAUUGAGAUAUAUAUUACCAAGGGAAAGUAAUAAGCUUUUGUUAUUUUCAGUUAUUAUUCUUAUUUUAAUAUACCAACAGUUAUUUUCAAAAUAUGUAUUUUUAAAUUCCAUUAAAAAUUCUUUCCUCAUUUAUAUUCACAUUGAAUUCUGCUGAGCUCCUGCAUUACCUCAGUCUUUGGAUAAGUUUCCAUUUUUAUUAUCUACCUUGUCAGGCUUUAUAAUAAGAACUUAUUGAAAAGUAAACUCAAGAGCUAUGGCGAUUCUUUUACAAAAAUUGGUUGAUUUUAUUCUUUUUAAAAAGACAUGUUAUAGGCCUUUUCUGAACCAUUUUAAUUGGAUAUAAGAAUUAAAAAUGUGAAUUUUUAAAAUUCAGUUUGUUUGUAUUUAGUUUAUAUUUGUUUUUAUAUCAGUUGUUUGUUUAUAUAUAUGUAAUCAGCAUAAAGAUGAACCAUGUAAUAAAAAAUUUAAUAUCUAUUAUUUAUCAACAUGUAGUGUAAAUUGCUAUGGAAAAAAAGAGCUCAUUUAUGCAUUAACAAAAACUUAAUACCCCCCUAUUCCACUUAAGUCAUGCUGUAAAUCACCUAUGAUUGGUUUUGUUUACUUUAUUAUUUCAGUUUUAUUUUUCCAUCACACUGUUUUGUACUGAUACUGUGCUGGUUGGUACACAAGAAGUUCAUAUUGAUGCUCUAAUGUUAUUUUUGUACUGAGUCAGUCUUCAGAUUUUCUGUUAUAAGCAUAUCAUUACUUACCACAGUAUAACAUAUUUUUGAUCACUCUAUUUAUUUUACUAGCCUUCAAAGUUUGUUUUUCUUUUCGUAUGCACCUACCAUUAUAAACUUAUCUUAUGUUGUUCUCCUAUUGUUGCACUUCUAUUUAUUUUAUUUUCUUUACCAGCAGUAAUCCAAUAAACAUUAUUAUAGAGAUAAAUCUAUUACACAGAUGGAUCUAUGGGGAGAAGAGUUGAGGGAAGAUUACAGGUAUUACAUAUAUAUAUGUGUCUUGAUUAUGAAACAUAAAAAGUUGAAUGUAAAAAUACAACCUAAAUAUUUUUAAUUAAAGUGCUAAAUUAACAAUAAGAUUCCAGAUCAUAAUCAUAGGUCCAUUUUCAAUGAACAACAAUAAAUCAAUGAAACAACACCAUCUUAAAUAAUUUGCUUAGGAAAAUAUGAAGUUUCUUCAUUUGCUGGCUCUUUCUCUCCUUGUCUAUUUUAAACAUCUCACUCUGUUUGAAUUUCAGUUUGUUGCAUUUAUUCUGUAGAAUCACUAAUAUUUAUUAUUUAAAAUGACCAAUAUAAGUAGAUUGUCUUUUUCAACAUUGAAAUCUUGGAUCAAUCCAUACAGUACUAAGAUGAAACAGUUUUCACUAAUGAUGGAAAACAGCAAU